UAUGGUGGUGGCGUAGGACCUGGUUGCGCAGGGUGGGAGGAGGCCGAGGUUAGUUAAAAUGACGACAGCGGCGAGGCCAACAUUUGAACCUGCGAGAGGAGGCAGAGGAAAAGGUGAAGGAGACUUAAGUCAGCUAUCUAAACAAUAUUCCAGCAGAGAUCUUCCUUCUCAUACCAAAAUCAAAUACAGACAGACCACUCAGGAUGCUCCUGAAGAGGUGCGUAACCGUGAUUUCAGAAGGGAGCUGGAGGAGAGAGAACGGGUCGCUGCAAGAGAAAAGAAUAGAGACAGGCCAACCAGAGAACACACAACAUCAUCUUCUGUGUCUAAGAAGCCUCGGCUAGACCAGAUUCCUGCAGCAAAUCUUGAUGCAGAUGAUCCGCUUACUGAUGAAGAUGAUGAAGAUGAGGACUUGGAAGACAGUGAUGAUGAUGACACUGCAGCUCUUCUGGCUGAACUGGAAAAAAUCAAGAAAGAACGAGCUGAGGAACAGGCUCGAAAGGAACAAGAGCAAAAGGCUGAAGAAGAAAGAAUUCGGAUGGAGAACAUUCUGAGUGGUAACCCACUGCUGAACCUUACCGGCCCAGCACAGCCUCAAGCAAACUUCAAAGUGAAGAGGAGAUGGGAUGAUGAUGUUGUCUUCAAGAAUUGUGCCAAGGGGAUAGACGAAACAAAAAAGGACAAAAGAUUCGUGAAUGAUACUCUGCGAUCAGAAUUUCACAAAAAGUUCAUGGAAAAAUAUAUCAAGUAGUACAGUUUUAUGUGUGGUGGUGCUGAAGGACUUGGAAGGUUGUGGUUGUUCCCUCCCUCUCCCUCAGAAUUCAAGGCUGAAUACUUGGUCAUGAAUUCCCAAAUGCUUUUCCAAGAUCAUCAACAGCUUCAUAAUUAGUAAUUGCUAUGUAUCGGGAGUUUUUAUUCCUGCAGUAUGUUUUCCUUUUCAGUUUUAAUUAAAUCAGUUUGUGUUUCAUGAA